CUCGACGUGCGCGCUCCCGGCAGCCGGUGGCCGUAGCCAGUCGCGUGAGCGGAGUGUAACCCAGGGGCUCCGGGACGUUCUUCACCUAGAUCCUGUCUAAAGUAGUCUCGGGCUUGCGGAGCAGUCGGGCAGCGGGGACCUGGCCUUCGAGGAGCAGUGAGCAGGAUGAGUACCUCACAGGACCAGAAUGGCUCCAGUAGCAGAGAACCCCUUUUGAGGUGUUGUGAUGCACGGAGGGACUUGGAGCUUGCUAUUGGUGGAGUUCUGCGGGCUGAACAGCAGAUUAAAGAUAAUUUGCGAGAGGUCAAAGCCCAGAUUCACAGCUGCAUAAGCCGUCACCUGGAAUGCCUUCGAAGCCGUGAGGUGUGGUUGUAUGAACAGGUAGAUCUCAUCUAUCAGCUUAAAGAGGAAACACUUGAGCAGCAGGCCCAACAGCUCUACUGGUUACUGGGCCAGUUCAAUUGUCUUAUUCACCAACUGGAGUGCACCCAAAACAAAGAUCUAGCCAAUCAAGUCUCCGUGUGCCUGGAGAGACUGGGCAGUUUGACCCUCAAACCUGAAGAUUCGACUGUCCUACUCUUUGAAGCAGACACAACUGCUCUGCGCCAGGCCAUCACCACGUUUGGGUCCCUUAAGACCAUUCAAAUUCCUGAACACUUGAUGGCUAAUGCUAGUUCAUCAAAUGUUGGGCCCUACCUGGAGAAAAGAGGCUAUAUCCCAUUGCUAGAGAAGCAGAAGUCAGCAGGCAGCACCACCACAGCUGUCCCUCUCAGUGAAUGGCUUCUUGGAAACAAACCUGCCUGUGGUUGUGAGGCUCCUUAUACACCCAGCACCAACCUCCAGGACUGGCUUACCCAAAAGCAGACCUUGGAGAAUAAUCAGGCUUCUGACAGAGCCUUUAAUUUCUUCAGUAAUGUGUGGGGCAACCUAAAUGGCUUGGAAAACUGGCUCCACAAGAGUCAACAACAAGAAGUUCCUGAAAAACCAAGUUACCAAAAGUGUAAUAGCUCUUCUACUACCAGUCCUUACUCCAUUGAUAUUGAAAAUGUUGGAGAUCUGGAGUUUCUUGAUCAAGAUGAGAUGGACCUUUCCGAUUGGCUGGUGACUCCCCAGGAAUCCCAUAACCUAGAGAAGCCUGGGAAUGGCAGCUGUGAAACCACUGAGAAGUUUAAGCUCUUGUUCCAGGUGUUCCAGGAGUCCUAUAGUGUGAAUGAUUGGCUUUUCAAGCCUGAUUCCUGUACCAAUUGUCGGGGCAACCAGCCCAAAGGUGUGGAGAUUGAAAACCUAGGCAAUCUGAAGUGCCUGAAUGAUCACAUGGAGGCCAAGAAACCUUUGUCCACUCCCAGCAUGAUUAUUGAGGAUUGGCUUGUCCAGAACCAUCAGAACCCAUAUAAAGUAGAGGAGGUCUGCAAAGCCAAUGAGCCCUGUACAAGCUUUGCAGAGUGCGUGUGUGAUGAAAAUUGUGAGAAGGAAGCUCUCUGUAAAUGGCUGCUGGAGAAAGAAGGAAAAGAUAAAAAUGGUAUACCUGUGGAACCAAAACCUGAAUCUGAGAAGUGUAUAGAUUCCCUGAAUAUGUGGCUCUGUCCUUCCAGAAAAGAGGCAACAGAACAAGCUAAGGCACCAAAGGCAAUGACUCCUUCUAGAAUUGCUGAUUCUUUCCAAGUCAUAAGGACCAGUCCCUUGUCAGAGUGGCUCAUCAUACCCUCAUGCAAAGAAGGACGACCCAAAGAAGUGCCUAAUACUGAGGACAGAGCUGGCAAACAAAAUCUUACAAGCUCCGUGGCUACUUCCUGGUAUCCCUUUAACACAGCUGACUGGGUCUUGCCAGGAAAGAAUACAGGCAACCUCAGCCAGUUAUCCUCAGAAGACAAGUGGCUACUUCGAAAGAAGGCUAAGGAAGUAUUACUUAAUUCACCCCUACAGGAGGAACAUAACUUUCGCCCAGACUGUUAUGGCCUCCCAGCAGUUUGCGAUCUCUUUGCCUGUAUGCAGCUUAAAGUUGAUAAAGAAAAGUGGUUGUAUCGAACUCCUCUACAGAUGUGAAGGAACGAAGUACUCGAGUCAAGCAACUUUUCUGCAGAUUAUCAUUUCCAUGAGCCAAGUGACUACAGCUUGCCAAAUCAUUUUGUUUCUGGGCCUGACCAGUCAGCUUAGUUCCUUUCCUUGCGUGAUUUUGAACUAGUGAAGGGAAAUGUCAUCAAAUUGAGUUACUGUGUAAGAGAAAAAGGCUGUUGAUGCUGAGGUGAUUUGGUUCCUUCUUACAGAAGUAUUAGUUCACCACAACACUAGAAACACAGCAUCUUGUAUAGGUCUUUUUCAUAAGCCUCCAUGACUCCUUAGAUUGGGUUGUUACUAGUCCAUUAAAACACUGUAGUUUUAAAAAUGAAAUAGUUCUAUAAUGAAAGUGUGUUGUUAUAUUCUAAAGCUAGUUAACUUCCCUUUUUGAUUACCCUUCUUUAGAUGCUUUCCUUGUUGUGGGUUUUCUUCCAUUGGUCGUAGAAAUGAUUCUUCAGUUUAAUAUAUAGUAUAUUUCACACAAAUAAUUAACUUUGAGAAUAUAGUGAUUUUUUUCUUAACCAAAAUAUGUAUCAACAAUUUUAGCAGUUUUUGAAUUAAUUACAAAACAUUUUAGCUUACAUGUCAGAUUCUAUAUUAUUCUUUUGAAAGAAAUUCAGCUGCUGGCAAAUUUUCUUUCUCUAAUGGUUAGUGAGCUCUUUUAGAAGGGCUCUGUAUUACUUCAAGAUGAUAUUCUGGUAGUCUUAACCUUUCAAUAUAUUUUGAAGAACUGCAGGCAAAAGAGCCCCAGUGCCAACUAAUCAAAGAGCAAAAGGCAACAUGUUGGAAAUGCAGUACUUGAACUAUUCAUUAUCCUAAGGGUUAUUGGUGCAUCCUGUGUAUAUGGAAGCUUAGCUUGACACAUGGUGCUUUUAACUAGGAGUAAAUUAAAUGUCUUUUCACUGCAAGCAUAGCAUACCUGAACCUCUAAAAGUAUAAUGCAGUAAACAUUUUAGUGAACAGGCCGUUUUGAAUACUUGUGCCUUGGGGUGUUUAUUGAAGCUUUAUGAAAACUAUUGAUGUUUUCUCAAUAUCCUUAAAGUCAUGUCCAUGCUUUAAAAAGUUUCUCUGUAGGUGAAAAAUGGGAUUUAUAAUGUUUAAAUUUUCUGAGAUACCAUAUCUGCUUUCCAGGCCUUUAAACUAUUAAGCCACUCAGCUUGCCUGUAUGGUAUUGGAAAUACUUUUAAAGUUUGUGGUGUGGUCAUCUAGAAAGCCCUUUUGGGAAACACAGCUUCAUUAGAAUUCUUAAACCACUGCUGAAAAAAGCCUUAUUUUCUUUUAGUCUCCCCAGACACCUUUUAGACCUUUAGUAAUAAAGGUAGUGGGUAAAAACUUAAGGAGCUCUUUCAUUAUCUUAGGUUGCAGCAAACUAGUUUUUGAGGUCAAACACUGUGUAUUCCUAAACUUAAAUCAAUCACUGCUGAGUAUGUAAGUCUUUUGCAUUGAUGCAUUUUGUACCUUCCUCCAUUAAAAGCGUAACAGCCAUA